GAGAAGUUGACAUGCACAUGAGGUGCUUGGUGCAAUGCCUCAAAGAAAUGUAUCCACUUUGAUUGCGCUAUUCACCGGAUACAUGCAGAAUGGGCUCCAAGAUGAAAUCUUGGAUCUGUUCUUCCAAAUGCAAUGUGAAGGAAUCAGGCCAAACUCGUUCACUUUUGCCACUGCUCUCGCUUCGGCUGCUGCUCAGGGUGAGCUGCAGAAAGGGAGGAUGGUGCAUGGCCAACUGAUCAAAUCUGGAAAUGAAUCUGCUGUCUUUGUCUGCAACUCACUGAUGAACAUGUACUCCAAGUGCAGGCUUAUUAAGAAUUCAAAAUUAGUCUUUGAAGGCAUGGAAUACAGAAAUUCUAUUUCAUGGAAUUCAAUGAUGGCAGGUCUUGUUUCCAAUGGUUCUUACAGCGAAGCACUUAAAUUGUACUUCCAGAUGAGAGCUGAAGGUAUAAAGCCAACACAAUCGAGCUUUGUUACUGCAAUAAACAUAUGUUCUAAUCUUAAAAACCUGGUUUUUGCAAGGCAGCUCCAUGGCUGUGUGGUGAAAGAAGGGUAUGGGCUUGAUGGGAAUAGCUUGACCGCACUCUUAGUGGCUUAUAUUAAGUGUGCUGAGAUGGAAGAAGCCUUUAAACUCUUCACUUUGAUGGUGGAAACUCGUAAUGUGGUCUCCUUCACUGCUUUGAUUGGUGGGUAUAUUCAGAAUGGGAACAAUUAUAAAGCUGCAAUUCUUUUUUCUGAAAUGAGAAAAGAUGGAUUUGAUCCCAAUGACUUCACUUACUCCACUAUAUUAACUGCUGCUCCUAUGAUUUCCCCAUAUCUCAUUCAUUGCCUACUUAUAAAAACAAGAUAUGAAAGUUUUCCUUCAGUGGGAACUGCUCUCCUGGAUGCCUAUACAAAGGUUGGAAACAUCCACGCUGCAUCAAUGGUAUUUGAGAAUAUUGAAGAGAAGGAUAUUGUGGCAUGGUCAGCAAUGUUGGGUUCUUAUGCUCAAGCUGGGGAUACAGAAGGUUCUAUCAAGUUAUUCAAGGCAAUGGCUAGGGAAGGAGUUGUGCCUAAUGAGUUCACCCUAUCAAGCAUUAUCAAUGUCUGUGCAGGCAUAACAGCAGCAGUGGAUCAAGGGAGACAAUUCCAUGCUGAAUCAAUUAAGUUCAGGCAACACGAUAAUAUCUGUGUGAGCAGUGCUCUAAUUACUAUGUAUGCAAAGAAAGGGAGUAUUGAAAAUGCUUAUAAAGUCUUUCAGAAGCAAUCUGCAAGAGACUUGGUGUCGUGGAAUUCAAUGAUCUCUGGUUUUGCCCAGCAUGGCUAUGGAAAAAGUGCUCUUGAUAUCUUCGGAGAUAUGGAAGCACGAGGCCUGGAAAUGGAUGACAUAACCUUCCUUGGAGUGAUCAUGGCUUGCACACACACAGGUCUUGUUGAAGAAGGUAAAAGGUAUUUCAAUUUAAUGGUUAAGAAUCAUGGAAUUUGCCCGACAAUGGAGGUGUAUGCCUGCAUGGUUGAUCUGUAUGGUCGUGCCGGUAAGCUCGAGGAAGCCAUGAAGCUCAUCAAUGGUAUGCCCUUUGAAGCAGAUGCGAUGAUAUGGCGAAUUCUAUUAGGGGUUUGUAGAGUUCACAGGAAUGUGGAGCUUGGAGAGAUUGCGGCGGAGAAUUUAAUCAAACUAGAGCCUCAAGAUUCUGCUGCGUAUGUUCUAUUGUCAAAUAUCUAUGCUGCUGCAGGAGAAUGGGAGAAGAAGGGCAGAAUAAGGAAGCUGAUGGAUGAUAGAAAGGUUAAAAAGGAAGCUGGACUUAGCUGGAUUCAGGUGAAGAACAAGGUUCAUGCAUUUAUAGCUUCUGAUACAAGUCAUUCUUUAUCUGAUCAGAUAUAUCGAAAACUUGAAGAGAUAAAACUGAAACUGAAGGAGAAAGGCUAUGUUCCUGACACAAAUUUUGUACUGCAUGAUCUGGAACAUGAGCACAAAGAAGCCUUGCUGGCUCAGCACAGUGAGAGACUGGCUAUUGCUUUUGGACUGAUAUCAACGCCUGAUGGAAGUCCUCUCCAGAUAGUGAAAAAUCUUCGGAUUUGUGGAGAUUGUCAUACAGUGAUCAAACUUGUUUCAGAAAUUGAAGGGAGGAAUAUUGUUGUGAGGGAUUCAAACCGGUUUCAUCACUUCAAGGGCGGGGCUUGCUCUUGUGGGGAUUUCUGGUGAGUUUUGUCAAAACAGUUGUAAAAGUUUUCAAAAGAGCAAUUUUAGAAUUAAUAGAAUUGAUAUAUGAAAAACUAGUUCGGUUGUACAACUCUUCUGCUUAUUUACAAUGAGAUAUGUUUGAGGCAGCUUUCUAACUGAUUUGUUUUUCAGACCUUAAUAAUAUUUCUGUUUAGUUAUUA